AUGCGCUUCCUCGACAGCUUGUCAGUGCUCUGCGUACUGCCGUUCAUAAGUCAAGCCGCGGCAUUCCCGGGGGCCGGGGGCAAUCACCACGACGUAAAGCUCCAUCACAAUCAACACAAACGAUGUCCAUUUGCGGACGACGAAGCUUCAGUGGAAACGAAGCACGAGAAACGAUUCUUGGUGAGCUCGAUGAAAUCGCCAAUUGACGUGACUGGAGUCCAUGCAUUUCACCCACCCAAUUUCGAAAACGGUGACCAGCGCGGGCCAUGCCCCGGCUUGAAUGCCUUGGCAAAUCAUGGGUAUAUUCCUCGAGAUGGAGUUGUUUCGUUCGGCCAUGUGAUCACAGCUGUCAACAAAGUAUACGGUAUGGGAGUCGAUCUAGCCACCGUGCUUGCAAUUAUGGGAACCGUAUGGACGGGGAAUCCCUUGUCUCUGGAUCCCAGAUUCUCCAUCGGCGGCCGCGAUACUGGCGUCAACGACCUUCUGGGUAACCUGGGUGGUCUGCUUGGGGAACCGCAGGGUUUGAUCGGGUCGCACAAUUUCAUUGAAGCGGACUCCUCCAACACGAGAGACGAUCUCUACGUCACAGGCAACAACUAUGCCAUGAACAUGGACAAGUUCAUGUCAUGGUACAAUAUGUCUGCCGACGGGACGUUUGACAUGGAUCUGAUGGCUUUGCGAGCCAAAUCUCGAUUCGACGAAGCCAUUCAGACCAACCCAGGUUUCUACUACGGCCCCGUCACUGGCUUGAUUGCACGAAACGCUGGAUAUAUCUUCCCCGGUCGGCUCUUCCGCAAUCAUUCGCAGGAGAACCCAGAGGGGGUCUUGACCAAGAGUCAUUUGAGAAACUUUUACGGUGUCUAUGGGGACGAAGGCAACCUGACCUACAAACAAGGCUGGGAGAGAAUCCCCGAGAACUGGUUCAAAACACCAGUGGACUAUGGUCUGGUCCAGCUCAACUUGGACACGAUUGACUUCUUGCUCAAGUACCCAGAGCUGGGAAGCGUGGGCGGGAAUACGGGACAAGUCAACAGUUUCGUCGGCGUCGAUCUUGCGGACCUCACAGGUGGAAUCUUCAAUGUGACAAACUUGUUGCAGGGCAACAAUCUUCUCUGUUUUGUCUUCGAGGUGCUUAAAUUCGCAAGCCCCAACGCGCUCUCCGGUCUCUACUCGACGCUUGCCAGACCUCUGGCCUUUUUAGGGAACAUUCUUGCAGAGCCAUUGUUGGACAUUACCUGUCCAGCCAUGCAUGACCUUCAAAUAGGUGGCACAUCGUUCUGGCAAGCGAUUCAGAAUGACUUCCCGGGCGCGAAAAAGAGCGGUCGCGCAUUUUGA